AGAGAAAAACUCUGCAAUAGAGGUCCUUCCUCAACAGAAACCUCCUCGAAUCUACAGUUGUGUCUUAAAUUCCUUGACAGGCGUGUCGAAAUCAGGCCUUCUUCGACUGGGCUCCUCGCUGUCGCCAUUCUUCCAUUCCUUCUCCAAGUCCAGUGUUUCUGUCACACUCAUCGCUCCCGCCGCAUCAUCACCUGCCUAACGAGCCAUGCACAACAGACGGGCAGUACUAUCAACUACAUUUGUCCCUCCGAGGAUUUGUCACUCGUCCCAAACACUUUUCGAUCCUCCAUGAAGUUCAACAGCGACAGGAGCUAUAAAGCUCCUCUCCAAUGGCCGAGUGAUCAAUCGCAUGACGAUUGACACACGGAACUAGUCUACAGGGUUAGGGUCCCUCCAACAUCCUCGGUACUUGGCACCACGGCAUUUGACGGCAUCACGACGCGGGGUUCGGAUGUUGUUCUCAGGACAGCCAGGGGUUUACUUCCUCGACCCAUCCCUUCAUAGAAUAAAGUGCCUCCAGAUACCACCGAUACAGCUUCUUUCGUACAAGCUUCUCACCAAUAUCCAGAUCCAUCAAAGAAACGAAAAAAUGGCCAGCUUUUCAACGGCCCAAGACCUCUUCAUCCCUCUCGGCAAGGAUGGCCAACGCAUGUCGUACCGCCUCCUCGGCCCUUCGCCUUCUUCCUCCGGCAAGAUCCCCCUCGUCAUGCUCAUGGGCUUUCGCGGCACCAUGGACCAAUGGGACCCGGCUCUAAUCGACCCUCUCGCCGCCCAACGGCCCGUCAUCCUCACAGACAUCCCCGGCGUCGGCCGCUCCGAGGGCGCCGUUCCUCUUUCCAUCACUGAAUGGGCGCAGAGCGUUGUCGAUUUGCUCAUCGUCAUGAGGAUUCCGCAAGUGGACGUCUUCGGAUACUCCAUGGGCGGAUGCAAUGCCCAGAUGGUGGCGCUGAUUGCCGAAGAAUAUUCAGGAGGCAAAGUGAAGGUGAGGAGGUUGGUGUUGGCGGGGACUACACCUAGCGAUGGACAGGGGGUCAAGAGAUUCAAGCGUGAGGAGCUGGAGGCUUUCCAGAGGCUGGCGGCGGCCCAGACCGUGGAGCAGCAGAAAGAGGCGUUUAUGAAGGGCUUCUUUGGACGGUGUUCGGAAAAGAGCUGGGCGGAGGGGAAAAAGAGUUGGAAGAGGAUUGCUGGUGCGAGGAAGAAGACGAUGGGGCAGUUAGGGAAGGAAGGGUCGAGGAGGCAGGGCAUUGCGUUUGCCAAGUUCAUGGGGGAGGGUAGUUUGGAGAAGUUGAAGGGGUUGAAGAUGCCGGUGCUAAUUGCCAAUGGGUGUCAAGACUUGCUCUUGCCAACGGAAAACAGCUAUUUGAUGUACAAGACACUACCGAAUGCGUAUCUGCACCUAUACCCCGACUCUGGACACGGCUUUUUGUAUCAGUACGCGGAUCACUUUUCGUCCUUGGUCAAUCUGUUCCUGGAUGGUGAGAAGUUGGGUGCCACCCUCACCCCCAGCAAGCUAUAGCAGAAAGGCCAAGAACACCACGCAUUUCCUGACCACUGCCCUCGAAAGAAAAAUUGGUUGAUGGGGGACCGCGAGGUGCUUGAUUCAUAAUCUGCCAACGAUUCUUUUUGCGUGGUACGCGGAAUGAAGGAGCAAGCAGGUGUGCUGUGUGGCUCAUCUUUCCUUUGUCGGCACAGGAUCCCUUAUUCUCAACAUUAAUCCAAUAACCUCCCAGUUUGUACCUCCAUAGCUCCUUUCUCGCCCCUUGUCAGCCCCUUGACGACCCCUAGGUCAUCAUCUGAAUCCUCUUUCCAUGUAUUCUUCUCCUAUCCUUUAACAUUCCUGCCCUUCCAUCCUUCAAGCAACGCAAAUACCACCGCAAUCCGCACCACCAUUCUCAGGAUCGCAAUCAUCCCUAGGAUCAUCCACACAAGUCAGCCCUUUAGGGCACAAAGUGCCCAAGAAUCCGCCGCAGACCAGCGGCUCGAUGCAGACGCCGCCACAGUCGGCACCUCCCUUCUUCGGGUCGCAAUCAUCGCGCGGGUCGUCGACGCAGAUCUGCUUCGCGUCGGCGCAAGGAAUGGCGGCGAACCCGCCGCAGAAGGCGCCGGCCUUGAAGCAUGUACCCUUGAUGGAGAUUUGGCCGGGGAGGCACUUGUUGAUGUCGGUGUAGGAGGAGGAGUCCCUGGGGAUGGUGGUGGCCGAAGAAGCGGUGGCCAGGAGGGAGAGGAGUGUGGUCUUGAAGAGCAUUUUGGUGUGUUGGCUUGCGUGGGUUAUGUCUGGAAGUUGUGAGUCAAUGAACCUUUUGAUUCGUGUUUGUCGCCCGUAUCUGGCCUCACCUUGUUAAUUGUUGGUUGUUGUCGUUAUUGUUGGAGAUAUUAAGCUGCGAAAGCUGGUUGUGAUGUCGAGUUGUUUUGUUUGAUGUUGAUGAGAUGAUGUGAUUGAUCUCUGGGACUGGCAGUCUUUAUACUGGAAUGAAGACGAGGGAGUACUGACACAUACACCAGUGUGUGGCUGCCCAUGUUGAC